GAGCUGCCGAGGGAAUGUCAGCUGCUCAACAUUCCAGAUCGUGGAAAGCCAGGCCGGAACGCUAGAGUGCUGGCAGGGUACAGGCUACGACUGCUUCCAGAAGCGUAAAGAGGUGAAAGUACGGGCUGCAAAGCGUUUCAUGCGUGGCCGCUACCGGGUUCUGAAAGACUUGCGAGGCUUUGAGGUCACAGGAUUACAAUAUGCCUUCAGCAAGACCGCCUUGGGGUCGGACGUGGAGGAGGCUGUGAAGAUGUGUAACCACACCUGCCUUUCUUCCCUGCAGUGUCAAGCCUGGAGAUAUUCCACAGGGGAUGGAUGUUGGUUCGAUCGCGGGGAGCUGGCAUAUCCGCCCACGACAGACACCUUCAUCCAGGGAACGGAAGCAGCAGCGCUGGUAGUGGCAGGGGCCUACGUCCAGCGCAUAUGCGAGGUGCCUCAGGAUCUUCAUGAGCAUGUGGCGACAACGACAAUUAUGCCAGCAAUGUCGACACCUCCACUGAUGACUCCACCACCUAUCGCAGAAGUAUCCAUUCCCAUCAUCAACGCCACGGCUUUGCCGAAGCCAGUGUUGCCUGCCGCACACACAAAAGCCGAUCAGUUUCCAUCAACCUCAUUGCCUUCGAGCUCUUCCAAGCCCACAACCACAGCAAUGCCAACAUCAACCUUACCCAAUGCCAGCCACGCAGUGCUGCCUCGUGCGCGGGCGGGUGCGGGCGCCCACGUUCAUGACGCAGUUGGUGAGGCAGACAAGUUCCCUGGCAGCUUCCUGAGGGUCCUCACAUCAG